AUGUCACGCCCUCAGAGAAGGAUGAUCCCCCUCCCCUCCGCACAGGAGUUGACCCAAGGCCCCAACGCCAUUCGUCUCCACAAGAAGAAGGAUCGCUUUCUCUUCAUGACCUACAAUCUGCUGGCUCAAGCGUUGGUCCGAAGAGAUAUGUUCCCCCACGCCACCCAAAAAGCCCUCCGCUGGAAGUUUCGCAAACAAAACAUCCUCCAAGAGUUCCUCGGCUUCGCGCCUGAUCUGGCCUGCCUACAAGAAGUUGACUUCUGGGAGGAGGUCUAUUACCCCGCCCUCACCAAGGCCGGCUACGAGACUGCCUACUACAAGAACCAGAACAAGAAGCAUGGCUGUGCCAUCAUCUGGCGAAAGACUCGCUUUGAGAAGGUCGAGCAAAAGUCGCUGGAGUAUGACGAGCAGGGUCAGCCCACGUUUACCACAGGCAACAUUGGUCUCAUGGUCGCCCUGAAGCCGCUCAAGCAGGCUGCCAAAAAUCCUGAUCCUAAUGCCGAUAUGGUCCUCCCCGAUGAGGACGACGACGAAGGAGAAGAUAUCAGUGCCAAUGGCCACGCGGAGCUCCCUGGUGGAAUCCUCGUCGCUACGACACAUUUGUUCUGGAGACCCGAUGGAUCGUAUGAACGUCUCCGUCAAGCUUCGAUCCUGCUGGACAAGAUCCAAGAAUGGAACAAAGACCUCAACUACACCAUUCUUCUCGGCGGAGAUUUCAACACAACUCCUCGAGAUGCCGCGUACAGAGCCAUGACCCGAAACGAGAUGCCCCCACAGCAAGUUCCCGACCUGCAAAAGUGGCUAGAGGACGAAGUGGAUCGUGUCCAGAAAGCAGAGGCUGCCGCCGCAGAGGCUGCUGAAGCUGCUGCUGCUCUUACCGCAAAACAAGCGGAGGCUCAACAAAACGGUGACUCUAUCGAUCAAUUGUCCGCCCAGGCCGAGAAACUUGCUCUGGAAGCUACCGAGAAUGGAACCAGCAACGGUACCACUACGAGCGAGCCCAAGAAUGAUCUCCCCUACCGAGCUCCACCUACCGGUAUCAUCCUCCCCAAGCAAGCACCUGCAGUACCAGAAAAGGACGCCGCCGCCGAUCUCCCUUACCGCGCGCCUCCCACUGGAAUCAUCCUGCCCAAGCAAACCGCCAACGGAGUUACCAAUGGUGAUUCCAAGUUGGACUUAACAGCCUUGCCUCGAACCAUGGUCGACUCUAAAACAUUCAAGGACUCAAUCGAUCCCAAGCUCCAACAGUUGGCAGCCAUCGCCGCAUCGGGCGAGGAUGCACCCGUAGUCGCCCCUCUGGAGGCCUUCACGCCCGCACAAGACCUCAAGACCGCGAUCGAGGCGCACCCACGCUGCAUCAGUAUCUAUGGCCAGUACGAGACCCUUACAAAGGACGACCCUGCAGAGGUCAACGAAGCUGCUGCAGCCCAGACGGCCGCGACUGAAUCCACCGCCUCGACACCACCUGCAGUCAGCACCCACGGUGAACCGACGUUCACCAACUUUGCGACCUGGUUCAAGGACACGCUCGACUACGUCUACUUGUAUGACCAGCCCAUUCCUAAAUCAGGUGCUCGGUUGGUGCCCCUGAGACUGCUUGAGAUUCCCGACAAGAGCUUCUUGGGACACGGCCUGCCUGACGAAAACUUUUCCAGCGACCAUCUCUGUCUCAUGGUCGAGUUUGCUAUCCUCCUUAGACCUUAG